AUGGGGACACUUCGAGACCUCCAGUACGCUUUGCAGGAGAAGAUCGAGGAACUUCGCCAACGGGACGCUCUCAUUGAUGAACUUGAGCUGGAGUUGGACCAAAAAGAUGAGUUGAUCCAGAGACUACAGAACGAACUGGACAAGUACCGUUCGGUAAUCCGCCCCGCCACAGCUCAGCAGGUUCAGCAGCACACACUGGUCCUGCCUGGGCCCGACCAGCACCGCAGCAAGAGGCAGGCGAUCUCCGCUGAACCCACUGCCGUAGACUUCAGCGAACUCUGCCACACCACGCUGCCAUUCUACCCCAAGAGCCCAGAGUCUAAGGAUCUGAUAAAGGACGCCAUCUUGGACAACGACUUCAUGAAGAACUUGGAGCUGUCUCAGAUCCAGGAGAUUGUGGACUGCAUGUACCCGGUGGACUACGGGGAAGACGCCUGCAUCAUCAAAGAGGGAGAUGUGGGCUCCCUGGUCUAUGUCAUGGAGGAGGGAAAGGUGGAGGUGACAAAGGAGGAGAUGAAGCUCUGCACUAUGGGCCCCGGGCGAGUGUUUGGGGAGCUCGCCAUUCUCUACAACUGCACCAGGACCGCCACAGUCCGCACUCUGACACAUGUGAAGCUAUGGGCCAUUGACCGUCAGUGCUUCCAAACCAUAAUGAUGAGAACUGGCCUCAUCAAACAUAACGAGUACAUGGACUUCCUCAAGAGCGUUCCCACUUUCCAGAGCCUUACCGAGGAAACGCUCAGCAAACUGGCCGACGUCAUGGAGGAGACUCAUUACGAUGACGGGGAGUUCAUAAUUCGACAGGGGGCCCGAGGAGACACCUUCUUCAUAAUCAGUAAAGGAAUGGUGAAUGUGACACAGACCGACCCGUCCAGUCAGGAGCCAGUGCUGCUGCGAGAGCUCAGCCGUGGAGACUGGUUUGGGGAGCGAGCGCUGCAGGGUGAAGACGUCAGAACAGCCAACGUUGUCGCAGUGGACUCUGUCACCUGUCUGGUCAUCGAUAGAGACUCAUUCAAACAUCUGAUUGGAGGACUGGAAGACGUCUCCAAUAAAGGCUAUGAAGACGCUGAACUGAAGGCUAAAUACGAAGCAGAAAACGCCUUCUUCUCCAGCCUGAAGCUCACAGACUUCAACAUCAUUGACACUUUGGGAGUCGGAGGAUUUGGACGAGUUGAACUGGUUCAACUCAAAAAUGAAGAGGCCAAGACCUUCGCCAUGAAAAUCCUGAAGAAACGCCACAUUGUCGACACCAGACAACAGGAGCACAUCCGGGCGGAGAAACAGAUCAUGGCCGACGCCCACUGCGACUUCGUGGUCAGGUUGUAUCGGACUUUUAAAGACAGCAAAUACUUGUACAUGUUGAUGGAGGCCUGCCUCGGGGGAGAGCUCUGGACUAUUCUCAGAGACAGAGGUUCGUUUGACGAUACAACGACCAGGUUCUACACUGGCUGCGUGGUUGAAGCGUUCGCUUAUCUCCACGCUAAAGGCAUAAUCUACAGAGACCUGAAGCCCGAAAACCUGCUGCUGGACCGAAGGGGAUACGCCAAACUUGUGGACUUUGGAUUUGCGAAGAAAAUCGGUUACUGUAAAAAGACGUGGACGUUCUGCGGUACUCCGGAGUAUGUGGCUCCAGAAAUCAUCUUAAACAAAGGCCACGAUGUGUCCGCAGACUACUGGUCCCUGGGAAUCCUGAUGUACGAGCUGCUGACUGGAAGUCCUCCAUUCACAGGCCCAGACCCAAUGAAAACUUACAAUGUGAUUCUGAGGGGCAUCGAUAUGAUUGAGUUUCCAAAGAAGGUCACCAAGAACGCAGGCAACCUCAUCAAAAAGCUCUGCAGAGACAAUCCUAUAGAAAGACUUGGGAACCUGAAAAAUGGUGUUAAGGACAUUCAAAAGCACAAGUGGUUUGAAGGUUUUAACUGGGAAGGUCUCAAGAAGCAAACUCUGACUCCUCCCAUACAACCAAAUGUUUCGUCUCCAACUGACACCAGUAACUUUGACAGUUUUCCUGAAGACACUGACGACCCCCCACCAGACGAUAACUCCGGCUGGGAUUAUGAUUUUUAAUGGGGUUUUUUUUUCAAUAUAGAUUCAACAAAAACACAAGUAUUUUUCAUCAAUCUAAAGCACCUUGAAAAAACAUGAUUUCAAGUGGUCUUCAUAGGUUAAAAGGCCUGUACCUGAUUUUUCCCAUGUAUUUGAGCAAAACUUGUCUUUCCCCAGUACAGAUAUAUUGUAUAAGCAGCUCUUGAUGUCAAAAUAUGUCAGCUGUGAACUGCCUGCAUCUAAUUAUAAAUUGUUUUAUUGUCUGAUCAUAAGGAAGUGUGCAGUUAGCAUGCUAGUUGUUGUUGUUAGCUUUACCGUGACUGCAAAACUCCACUCUGGUCUCUGAAAGUUGUGAAAAGCACUUAUAAAAUCAUCCUGGUGAAUAUUUAAGAUGCUCUAAAUGCGUAAGGUGAACUUAGCUCUGUUUUUCAUGUUUUUAAGACGGUAAAAAUCAGGUACAGCGACUUUAAAUUGGUAUUUUUGACUUUUAAGCUCUUCAAGAUCUUCCAAUCUUUUAACUUCCAGUCCAGAUAAUAUUUUUGAAUAAUGUCUAAACGUGUACAAAGCCCUUAUCAAAAGCUGCAACACCAUAGUACACUUUUAGUAUAAUUUAAUUUUAACACGAAGCAAAAAAAAACAAUAGCAUAAUUACAAUAUUUGAAGCGAUUAUAAGCUAGGAGGUGACCAUAGACUGUAUAUAUAAAUGGACAUAGCUAACGUGCUCGCAGCAGCAGUAGGAAGUGAACAUGGACGCUUCCGGCUCCAUCGACUCUGGCUUCAAUUCACUUUCUAUUGAAAAACUAUGGCCCUUCUCUCUGUCACUGCUGCUGUCGACUGUUCGUAUUAACCUGCUCUACAUGAUCCUGGUGUUUUUAUUUUGCUAUUGUGUCCGUAACUAAAAGAUAUGAACAUUAAUAACAGACAAAUCAGGCCUUAGUCCACUUCUUUAUACAGUCUAUGGAGGUGACGUGGUUUCAAGAUUAAACUUUUAAUGCUACCGUAAGUUAUGUCUAAAAAGUAGAGAGAGAUUUAGCAUUUAAAAACUACAACAUAAGCUCUGACUUUGUAAUGAGGCCGUGUAAGGGCAUUUCUGCUGGUACUCAUAAGCUAUUUCCAGCUCGAGUUUUGGUUUAAAUGAGUUUAGCUUAACGGAGAUCGAUCCAGUAGUCAAAUGUAGACCCCAUCUUACUUAAGUCUUGGUUUAGUCCUCGUUUAGACCAGUUUAAAGCAGUUAAAAAUGCUUGAGAAGAUGCUAUGGUGAGGCAUUACUUUAGACCUGGUUUGGACUUGAAAAAACCUGGUUUAGUCCUGGUUCUUGUUAGGAUCUUUAUAGUCCUGAUAUAGUCCUUGUUGAACUGACCAACAGGUAGCUUUUUGAGACUUUGAUGAUGUCAUGAAUUCAAAUAUAGGGUCUAUAUAACUCUAUGGGAGACUCACUGCUUUUGGUAGAUCCUUCAUGUUUGAAUAAUGGUAUCACUUUUUUAAGCUUUUGCGGUGACGGAGAAGACUUUGUGAACUUUGUGCCAGUUUUUGUUUCAUGUAGAUCGGCCCAAUAGCUACAGAGAAAUUAAAGGGCCCAUAUUACUCUAUUGUCUGAUAUGUUAUAAUGUAGUUUCCUCAUCACAAACAGACCUGGAGUUGUGUUUUGCUUCAUUCACACCACUCCAGAUAUGUUUUUGAGGAGGUAACAACAUUAUAACAUGAGUUAAAGCUCACAAGAGUCAGUUUUGUGUAAUGUAGGACUGGCGUGAUUGGAGGAACUGUGGCCUAUAUCAGAUCAUCAAACCUGAUCAAUUACAUCAUCUUUUUGAUCAUUUUAGUUCAAGAAAUAUCACUACUUCUUACAGGAACCCAGAAUCCAGGGUCACCUCACUGCCUUGUCCAAGCCUCUAUUAAGCUUUAACCCAAAAAACAAA